UAGAUCCAAUAUUGUUGUAAUAAGACUUCAACAAAACCUACCAACCAUAAACCACUCGAUUGUAUCGCUGUUGAAUCUCCUCCCAAAAUGACGAAAAUUAGGGUUUCCUUCAUCAUCGCCCUCCUCCUUCUAUCAUCUUCAUUCUUCCUUCAAGUUGCCAGGUGUCAGUCUGAGUCAGAUUCAGAAGAUGCCGAACUGGUUGCUGAAACGGUUGAGGAAGGAGGAGAUCUUGGGAUUGUUGGCGAUGACGUUCAGGACUUCGGUAGUGGGAAUUAUAGUCCAGCUCCAGGUGUAGAAACAGUAUGUGUUUUCCCAAAGAAUGCUGCAAAAACGGUAGUGGCAGGGAAAGAGACGGAAGUUUUAAUUGGAAUGAAAAACGAGGGUGAUCAAACUGUAAAGGUUCUUGCAGUUCAUGCUAGUGUUCAUCUCCCCUUUGAUCACCGUAUGUUGGUUCAGAAUCUUUCUGCUCAGGUUUUCAACAAUGCAUCUAUUCCUCCUUCGGUUCAAGCUGCUUUCCCUUAUAUAUUCGCUGUCAGCAAAUUCUUACAGGCUGGAACGUUUGAUCUUGUUGGAACAAUAGUUUAUGAGAUAGACCAACUACCAUAUCAAAAUACGUUCUACAACGGUACCAUUGAAGUUACUGAAGCCGGUGGUCUAGUCAGCAUGGAGACAGUCUUUCUAGUUUCCCUUGGAAUUUCUCUUCUUGUCUUCCUCGGAUUGUGGAUUCGCGGUCAAAUACAAAAUCUUUCCAAGAAAACAAAAAAGGCACCAAAGGUGGAAACUGGAACUCGGAGCGUUGAUGCAUCUAUGGAUGAAUGGCUAGAGGGAACUGCUUACACUCAAUCAAAGGCGAGCAAGUCGAAGAAGAAGAAGUAGAGGUAUAAUGUUGUCAUGAGGGAGGAAUAGAUACUUGUAACUGUUGUAGAAUGAGAAAGUAACUUUUACGCAGUCGUUUUCUUGGAGAUUUUGAUAUGUUUAGCCUCGUUAAACACACACGUUUAGGCUAUUUAAUAUUUAACAUACUUAUUAUAUACCUAA